AUGGAGCAAUUGCAUUUGGAUGGGAUCGAACUUAUGGGCCGUGUUCUUAAUAUCCCGUGGAAGAGGAAGGAUCACGCGCUCCCUGAAGAAGUUAGCCCGUAUCUCAACCUCAUCUCGUUGCUAGCAACAUUAACGCAGUUGAGUAUCAACAAUAUCUAUCUCAUACGGCCGAUAAACAGCAUACAUGCACUCCUGGGAUGUUGGUCACUUCUUAGUUUAUCUGCUCUCCCGCCAUUUGCGGAUUUGGCGGAACUCAUUCCUUGUCUCACCACACACCUCAUCGCUCUUCGUCAAUUUCGAGUGAAUAUCUACCGCGCCAAGCUUUCUUCGUUAUUGCAUGGGGAUAACAUCUUUAUGUCCCACUUCGUGCAUCCCGUGUUAGUCAGGCAGAGUAGUUUUGGAUUUUUUGCUGGUGGAAAAUUUUCUAUUCCUUCUACCGGUCAAACCGGCAUGAGCGAUCCUUCGCACUACGGAUUAUGUUCUUCCCGAACCGCUUCUUUUGCGCCAAAAAAUCUAACUAGGCCACAGCUCGAGAAGAAUACUUGUCUUGAGGUCCCUCUAGCAUCGCGUCACGUGCUAAUCUCUUUCACCCUGGAAAUUCGGAAAAAGUUUCCUUUGCUGUCGAUAAAGGUAGAGAGACACCAUAGAAACUGGUGGAGCCGAUUGAGUGGUAGAAACGGGCCCGGUCUCUCCAGCGACGUGCUCAAACUUUGGUUAAUAGGUAUUUCCGCACAUGUACCGUCUCAUAUAAUUUCAGACGAAACCGUCACGUUUUGCCUAUCCAUCUUGGGGAAUCUUUGCCGCGUGCAGAAACUUGCCCACAGAAUCUUCCAGAAGGGGGGGAUGAUCCCCCAGGUAUAUGAGAGGUACUGCUCUAUCUCGAGAACAAUCUCUCCCAUUUUCAUAAUCAAUCAACUUGACUUUUUCAUGACUUUCGACACGCCUACCAAUCCACUUCUUUUUCUCUUCAAUUGA